GCAAGAUGUCCACGAAGCUGCGGACGCUGAAGAAGGUCCGGGCCAGCCUGCUGAGCCCUCAGGCGCCCGGGGAACGGUCCAAAUCCGCCGCAGCAGCGGCUGUCGACAGUCGAACCUUGCUGACGCAGAGUAGUUCCGGCCGCAGGGACCGCAGGAUAACAACAGCCCUCGCUGCCGCUGCAGAGGCCCGAGCAUCUGUCGAUGCAAUCAUCGAGUAUGCGAGAAUUCUUGGACUGGACCCUGUGACAGAACAGGUACCGGCAGAAACACACAAACUAUCUCUCCCAAACAUUACACAUGCGUCUGCCUGCCUGGUCACCACACUGUCAGGCAUUCCUCUUCCUUGCCGAAGGUGUGUGAAGACGUCCGCCGAUAAGCGCAAGCCAUCAUUUUGCAUGUUCAUGUGUGUGUCUCAGAUGUCCUUCAUGCGGCUCUGCCGACUGGCUGCAAACGGCUCGAGGACAAGGACUCAGGCCGGAUAUACUUUUACGACCAGAACACGCAAGAGACGACCUGGGAGCCGCCUCUCCAUGAAGUGGGGAGGAGAGCCGUUGCCCAUCUGCGGCUGGCGCUGGCCGAUCGGUCGUUUUCUCGCGUAGACAAAGACCUUGACGAGACAGAGAAGGGCAUACAGAAGGAGCUGGACAACUGGCUGCAGGCGAGAGAUAGAUGGACUGCACGUCUCACCCUCAGUUGUCUUAUCUUUACCACCAGGUGUAUGAUGCCGAUGCAAAGCCCUAUUUUCUCCACACACAGACCAAAGGCGCUUCUUACGAUGACCCACGCAAUCGGAUGUUUUCGGCUCUCUUUAUGCAAGGUGUGUAGGUACAAACUUCGAUCAACAAGCCUCCCGACGCUGUGUCUCCUGUGUUCGUUCAGUCAAGCUGGUGCAGAAGAUGAAAGCAAAGCUGCCGACACUUGUCAACGCACCCCCACCGCCGGAUCCAAGUCAGCACCGACGAGAGACGUGAUGCGAGCCCGCUUGGUCUGCAAUCUGCUGUUGUGGGACUCCACAAUAGGCGUGGCUAAUGGUGCAGCUACAAGGAUUCAGUCUUACUGGCGCAUGGUGAUGGGCAAGAAGGAGCGGAGGCGGAGACAUUCAAUGCAGCGAAAGGGAUCCCUUAGGGCUGACAGGAUAAGCAGGUGAAGCCAAGAGCCAGCUUGCUUUGUGUCUCCCCCCACAUGCUUCUCUGUUUUGCAGGGACGGCACUGUGCACUUGUCUGUGGUCGAUGGCGAUGUGGUCUUAAGCCUUACAGAGUGAGGAGCGCACCUCAUGCCAGUAUAUUUCUGCAAGUAUCAUUUGUUCGCUGCGCUGACAGUGAUUGCCGUCGGCAGAAGGCAGCGACGCGUAUUCAGGCAAGAUUCAGGGGCCACAAGGCGAGGUCGCAGCACAGAAACAUCGUUACUGACCGAACGUGAGCCAGCAUCCUACCAAACGCGUCUGAGUAACGGCCAUUCACGCGAACUUUCGUCUUUGUCUCACGCGCGGAUCUAGCCGGCGUGACUCCGCGACCAAGAUCCAGGCAAUGAUGCGAUCGAGAUUUGCAAGGAGAAGCGUAACCUUACAAAAGUAUCUGAUGUCGAGCCAAAUGUUGGUUCUCUGUGAUGCAGGUGGAAGCCAUCAGACAAGAGCGGGGUGAGAGCAAGGAGCAGGAUGUGGCAAGGAAGGCACGAGAGCGUCGACAGAUUGUGGGGAUGAUACAGAACGCCGUCAAGACAAUCGCAGGGAGGAAGCUGCUCGAUGCCAUCGCCGCUCAACAGGGACUAGAGUAAAACCCAGAAGAAGAGGCAAGCAAGCUGUUUUCACUUUUUCCGCACUGAACUGUCUUUCAGUGCUGAUGCGAGAAUUCGUGGCCCGACGCUGCCCAUCUUCAGGCGCACUAUGCCGCCCUCCCUGCUCAAAGCCAACGCUGAGCUGCACAAACAGCUAGGGGCUGCACUGCAGAAGAAUUUUGAUCUAUCUGCGACCCUGAUCCAAUCGGGUUACCGGGGGCACAUUCAGCGUGUCGCUGUUGCCCAGCUGAGACACGAGCGAGAGCUGCUGAAAUAUCAGAACCUGAGUGCAGGUCAGCGCGAAGCGCAGGACAAGAAGACAGAUCGGCACGAAACGAAGUGAUACACUCACUUGCGUUCAUGCACAGCUGCCACCCGCAUCCAAUCUCCUUUCCGAGGACUGCUUGCUCGGCGUAUGAAUGAGCACUAGGUGCGACCUCCGAACCGGUCCAUUGUGUAUGUAUUGUAUGUGUUUCAGAGCGUGUGCGUCGGCUGAAAGAGAGACAGCUCGAGCCGCUGGACGUGUCGAUAUCUGUGGAGCCAAACGGCCUUGAGCUGCACCUCUCGCCCAACCCACAAUUCAACCAAGCAGCAUACCUCGAGACAUUCGCAAGCAGGUACGCCGGACGUUGGAUAAACAAGUGCAUCUGUGUCUGUGAAUGGUUGGCGUGUUUGCCAUUUGCAGGGAGUUCAUGCCUCAAGUGGUGCAGGCGAUGCAGGACCAGGUGCUGUCGCUGUCAUCGCGCCACGUGCAGAAUCGACUGCCAUCCAAAGAAGAGACGAAGGAGGAACUUGCUGGUGAGGCCGUUACCAACGGAGAACAACGGCUUGCUGCACCGGCAGCGAGGCGCGCUGACGCACCUGUAUAUGCGUCAGUCCGAGAAGCGGACGGCAGCGCUGCCCAGGAGCUCGUCACUAGCGGCUUGGCGAAGACAGUCGUCGAGGGCCUUGUCAGCGCAGGACUCCAGAAUCUGACCACCCAGCGGCAACAUAGUCCCACCCAGCCCCCGACUGUUGAAAUGCUCAAAGGAGAGACAGCUGACUUACCGGCUGGGGAUGAGCAGCCACCUUCUGCUGGCCCGGCCCCGGCAAGGCAAGAGCCGGUGAAAAUGCGAAAGACCAUCACACUGGACUACGAGCUUGACAACGAAUCGGCGUUACAGAGAAUGGAGCCAUCCCAGGUGGUGCACGAAGAGCGACCCGCGGCAGAGAAACCAUUCGACAUCGUAGCGUGCGAGUCGCUCGAAAGCCAGGCAACGGCCAACGACGAUGACAGAGAAGGCAUUGUGAUCGAGCCCCCGGAGACACAAGACGACAAGCCGGACGCUCAUGUCUCACGGAGCAUUGAUGAGCCACGAGCUGCUACUUCUUAUGCCGAGUGGGCCCUCAGUGAUGCCCGCCGUGUCUUCACAGCAUCCACCCGCAGCCAGCCGGUCCGCGCCAGCGAGGAAAGGCCUACAGUCAAGCUCGCUCCCAACAGGAAGUCCUACGCUGGCAAGCUCAAGGACGGUCGCUUCACACGCAACCCCGACAUCGAUAGCCUCACGGACGCACAGAGAGACCAGCUUAUGAAGGACCUGGAAGCACGGAGGAGGAAAGCCAAAGAGGAGGUCGCAAAGAUGAGGGAGCGCAGCCAGGCAAAGCAGCGUGAAGCCGAAGAGAAGAAGCGCAAAAGAGAGGAGGCGAUGAAGAGCGAGGCGGCCAAGGAGGCAGAGGAGAUCGCCCAUCAAAGAGAUGCCGCCUUCAAGCAGUGGCUGUCCGACAAAAGGAAAGUUGCCAAAGAGGAGAAGAAGAAACAGUCGGCGGAGAUGGAAGACUACUCGAAGAAGCUCCUACUCAAGGUCAAGACAAGAGCUCUCUCCAGAAUUGCAUCUCAUGUCUUGUCUUGUCUCUGUGUCUGUCAGCAAGAGAGAGAUGCUGAAGCGGCAAAGCGCUUGCGCGAAGAGCGAAUGCGACGGCUGGAAAUUGCCGAACAGAAGAGGAAACAGUGGGAACUCGCUGUCGCCCAAGCCGCUCAUCAGUUCGACGUUCCGCCACGGGCGAGAGACACAAUGUUCCGGCGGUCCUUCCAGGGGCCAGUGAGGAGGAACGUCUUCAUCGAGCACCACUACACGACAUUCGUCUCAGACGACGAUGAGGACAAUGAAGAGGAGGAAGCUCAGCAGGGAGGCAACGGCGAGUCGACUUAUGUGCCUGCCGAUCCUGACAUACCAAUCAGGAAUGCGUCGAGUGCACAGCCGGGGUAUGCGUCACUUUCGGGCCUUGUUCCACUGGGCAAGCCUGGAGGGGCAUCGUUUGCCCGUUCUUGUGCUGUUUAUGGAUCGUGCAAGUAACGAGUGCGUACAGGACACUUCAUGACAUUCAUGUACGCGCAGACAUGCAGAAAAGAGUCCACUCACGGCUCUGAC